GCUGCACAUUCAGUGGAGGCUAAAAGGCUGAGAGUGUUGAGAGACAGAUGGCCGGAGGGAAAAAUCAUUUUAUAGUCCUAGAAUCAGACAGGAGCAUGUACACAGUUCCACGCUUGGGUCAGAACCAGGACUUCUGGACGGUCAUCUGAGGGGAAGAACCAGAAAUUAUCACAACAAUGCCCGUGUGAAGAUGGGGGACUGGAACUUCCUGGGUGGGAUCUUGGAGGAGGUCCACAUCCACUCCACCAUGGUGGGCAAGAUCUGGCUGACCAUCCUGUUCAUCUUCCGGAUGCUGGUGCUGGGCGUGGCGGCAGAGGACGUGUGGAACGACGAGCAGGCCGACUUCAUCUGCAACACGGAGCAGCCGGGCUGCAGGAACGUCUGCUACGACCGUGCCUUCCCCAUCUCCCUCAUCCGCUACUGGGUGCUGCAGGUCAUCUUCGUGUCCUCGCCCUCGCUGGUUUACAUGGGCCACGCCCUGUACCGCCUGCGCGCGCUGGAGAAAGAGCGUCAGAAGAAGAAGGCGGUGCUGCGGCGCGAGCUGGAGGGCGUGGACGUGGAGCUGCUGGAGGUCCGGAGGAAGAUCGAGAGGGAGAUGAGACAGCUGGAGCAGGGGAAGCUGAACAAGGCUCCUCUCAGGGGCUCGUUGCUCCGCACCUAUGUGGCCCACAUCGUCACCCGCUCAGUGGUGGAGGUGGGCUUCAUGACGGGCCAGUACCUCCUCUACGGCUUCCACCUCAUCCCGCUGUUCAAGUGCGAGCGGGAGCCGUGCCCCAACGCCGUGGACUGCUAUGUGUCGCGGCCUACAGAGAAGAGCGUGUUCAUGGUGUUCAUGCAGGGUAUCGCUGGAGUGUCCCUCUUCCUCAACAUCCUGGAGAUCAUACACCUGGGCUACAAGAAGAUCAAAAACGGCAUCCUGGACUUCUACCCUCAUCUGCGGGACGAUCUGCAUGACUGCUACCCCAGCAAGGCCAAGAAGGACUCAGUGGUUCCUCAGUCCUGCAUGGGCACGUUCACCGGCCGCAAGGCCACCAUCCCCUCAGCGCCCAGCAGCUACAACCUGCUGCUGGAGAGGCCUCCGGACGCAGCCGGAUACCCCUCCGCCUUCCUGCCCCUCCAGGGGGAGCUGGCGGGGCAGGGCAGCCUGGAGGAGGCCAAGCAUGUGACCCACAGCCCCACAGAGCACAACUUCAACUCCAACAACACCAGCAGCGACACGCGCUCCCCGCCCUGCGACUCCACCACGCCCCCCAAACAGGAGGAGGAGUUUGCUCAUCGCGGUGAGGAGGAGAAGGAUGGGCGUGGCCUGGACUCCCCGAAGCGCUCCAGGGACUCGACCCACACCUCGUCCUGCCCCACUCUGCUGGCCGGCGCUGCCAGGAAGCCCUGGAGGGGGAACGCCUCGUCCAACUGCUCCACGGUGGUGGAGGGCAAGAGCUCAGAUACCGACUCCUACGGCGGCGCAGGGCCCUCUGGCUGGAGAGCCUCGGGGAAGGCGGAUGGCAGGCCCAGUCGGCCGUCCACCCCAGACUCCCUGGAGGACUCCAGCUCCGGGUCGAGACACAGCCCGCGGGCGCUCCCACGGCGACCCUCCAUGGCCAGCAGCGGGGCCAGCAGCAGGCGGGCACCCACUGACCUGCAGAUAUGACCCAACACUUACCCAACACUCACCCACUGACCUGCAGAUAUGACCCAACACUUACCCAACACUCACCCACUGACCUGCAGAUAUGACCCAACACUUACCCAACACUCACCCACUGACCUGCAGAUAUGACCCAACACUCACC